GUAGAAGCGGCAGUGAUAAUGGCGCAGCGUCGUAUAGACUCCUUUUUCACUAAAAUAUCAUCCACGAAGGAGAAUUCGAACCAGGAUAAUUUGGAGAGGUAUGUUUCGCUGUUAAUAAUCUCUCUUCUUCUAUAGUAGUCGAUUAUGCUAAAAAUCCUCGCCACGUGCUCACGCUUGAGCUCGCUGGCUCUACCGGCUCGACGGCUGGAGCUUGCAGUCGCAGCUCACAGCCGAUUCGUUGUCGUUUUUAAUUGGAUACAUACAACCAACAGUCACAACUCGUCGGACAAGCAAGAGAAUCAGGAUGCAGUGGAGAAUGGCAAACGGAAGAGGGAUAGCAGCAACAGCUCCAGCAGUUCUUCACCUUCAAAGAAGCAGAACAUUAAACUUAAGAAGCCAAAGACGAUUACCAAGACUCCUUCGCCAGGUGUGAAACCUCGUGCGAAGCUAGGAGCUACUCCGAAGAAUAAGCUGAAUAAACUUUCACCCGGGUCGUCGAAAAAGACAGAAAAGAAGCAGAAAGGUACGCCUGGUGGAAAGAAGAAAAAGAAGGAAGAAGAUGAAACUGUAAAUGGCACUGUAGAAGAGAAGACCACUAACACUGUAGAAGAGAAGACCAAUAACGCUCAAAUAGGAAAUGGUGCAGCUGAAGGUAAAAGGAAAACUGAAGAAUCUGCUUUUUCAAAGAAGGAAUCUGAGUCCAAUACGGCAAAUAAGGUAAAGAAGACUGAAAAGGUGAAGAAGAAACGGGCCAGGAUCAUUGAGCCAGUGGAUUCCAGUGACGAUGAGGGUCAUCUAUCUUUACCUGAAAGUCCAAAAAGAUCGGAGGUUAACGAUGAAGAAAAGAAAAUUGAAAGCGAAGACAAGCCUAGCGAGAUAAAUAACGUUUCAAAUAACGACACAGACAAAAGUGCUUCGGACAGUGAAGAGAAGAGUGAAAGUCCGAAGAAGUCCUCCACACCCGAGAAGUCACAAACUACUACUACUAAGGAUGAAAGCCCGAAGAAGGAGCCUACGCCUGAGAAAAAGGCUAAAAAAGUGCACAACUUUUUUAUGUCCAAACAAAAGGGCGACGCAAAGGAUGACAAAGCGAGCAAUAGAAAAAGCGUCUGCCAGUCAUACAAUCCUAGCGCAUCUGCCUAUCAUCCGAUAGACGAUGCAUGCUGGAAACGAGGAGACAAAACUCCAUAUAGCGCCUUCGCACGCACUUUGGAGCUCAUCGAGGAGACGAGCGGAAGAUUAAAGACAAUAGAGAUAUUGUCAAAUUAUUUCCGGUCUGUCAUAGUCCUGAGCCCUGCGGAUCUUCUACCGAGCGUUUAUCUGUGCCUUAAUCAAUUAGCACCGGCGUACGAAGGAAUUGAGUUUGGAGUCGCAGAUCAGAAUCUAAUGAAAGCCGUAGCGCAGUGUACUGGUAGAACGCUGGCGCAAAUUAAAGCCGACGUCCAGGAGGUUGGCGAUUUGGGAAUUGUCGCGGAAAAUAGCAGAUCUAAUCAGAGAACCAUGUUUCAACCGCCACCAUUGACAGUUUCUAACGUGUACUCCAAACUGAAGGAAAUCGCUCAGAUGACGGGGCCCACGUCUUUGACGAAAAAGUUGGAUAAAAUUCAGACGCUGUUUGUGGCGUGUCGUAAUGCAGAAGCAAAAUACUUCAUUAGAUCGUUGGCUGGGAAGCUUCGUAUUGGAUUAGCAGAACAAUCUGUUUUGCAAGCAUUGGCUUUAGCUUGCGCGAUGACACCGCCGGAACAAGAUUAUCCACCCGAAAUUCUGAAUGCAAGCAAAAAGAUGUCGAGCGAUCGUUUCAAAGAAAAGUAUGACGAGAUAGCGCUUACAUUGAAAACAACGUAUUGUGAAUGUCCGAAUUACAAUCUUAUAAUUCCUGUUCUACUGGAGGAUGGAAUUAAGGCUUUACCGAGCAAGUGCAAACUCACUCCUGGAAUACCUUUGAAACCCAUGUUGGCACAUCCUACUAAAGGUGUUCAGGAAGUCCUGACGCGAUUCGAAGGCCUGAAAUUUACUUGUGAAUGGAAGUAUGAUGGAGAAAGAGCACAGAUACACGUUGCGGACAAUGGACAAGUCAAUAUAUACAGUAGAAAUCAGGAAAACAAUACAACCAAGUAUCCAGAUAUCAUUAAGCGAUUCAAAAAUACUCGCGGCGAUCAAGUAAAGAAUUGCAUACUCGACUGCGAGGCGGUUGCUUGGGAUAGGGAGAAGAAACAAAUAUUACCGUUCCAAAUACUCAGUACAAGAAAGCGAAAGGAUGCUAAUGAGGAGGAUAUCAAAGUACAAGUAUGCGUGUUUAUGUUCGAUCUGUUAUACUUAAAUGAUGAGCCGUUGGUGAAAGAAACGUUCGCGAAACGUCGUGAACUGCUGAAGGAGCACUUCAAGGAAGUGGAGGGCGAAUGGAAAUUCGCCAAUAGCCUGGAUACUACGACGAUGGAAGAGGUGGAAGUCUUCUUGGACGAAUCUGUGAAGGGAAAUUGCGAAGGGCUGAUGGUGAAGACGUUGGAAAAGGAAGCAACCUACGAGAUCGCGAAGCGAUCAAGAAACUGGUUGAAACUCAAAAAAGAUUACUUGGAUGGUCUCGGCGACACGCUUGACGUGGUCGUAAUCGGUGGCUACAUCGGCAAGGGAAAGAGGACCGGCACUUACGGUGGUUUUCUCUUAGCUUGUUACGAUCAGGAAAACGAAGAGUAUCAAAGCAUCUGUAAGAUCGGCACAGGAUUCAAAGAGGAGGAGCUCGAAAAUUACACCAAAUUCUUCAAAGAUCAUGUAAUACCGCAGGUGAAAUCGUACUAUCGUUUUGAUAGUAGCCACGAGCCGGAUCACUGGUUCGAGCCAAUUCAAGUCUGGGAGAUCAAGUGUGCCGACAUCAGCCUCAGUCCCGUACACAGAGCGGCUAUCGGAAUAGUCGAUCCGGAAAAGGGACUAUCUUUAAGGUUUCCGCGAUUUAUCAGGAUUCGUGAGGAUAAGUCCUGCGAGCAGGCUACUUCCGCUCAAGAUGUGGCGGACAUGUACAACAAUCAAGAGCAGAUUAAAAAUAAAACUUCAGCAUCGAAAACUGCGGAGGAAGAUUUCUAUUAAUUUGUUUUCUUUUUUAUGUCGCGACGCACAAAUUGAGCCAGUAAAUCAUGUAUCUUUUAUUUUAUAAUCAUUAUUUCUGGGGAUCGAUUCUGUAUCUUGGGACGAGGUGAAAAUUAUAAAAGUGAGGAAAUUCACUAGAGAAUCUACAAUUUCAUUUGUCGAAAUCUAAUAAAUCUGUUCACUUUUGUAAUUUUCACCUUGUUCCAAGAUACAGAAUCGACCCUCUCUGUAGGAGUUAUUGUAAAUAAAACACGUUUGAUAUGGCAUACAAAUUCUGUAAUUUUCAUUCGUGUUGCGACAUCUGACAUUUAUUUAUUAUACUAAUGAAAAUUAAUUUUGGAGAAGGAUUAA